UAAGAGAGGGUGCGGCUUCAGAAUUUAAUUGUGAUGAAUGAUUGAACUGUCCAAACAAUUUCCUGAGAAGAGAGACGGACGCAUCUCAUUCGUGUAUAGAGGAUAGGAAGGUGCUGUUCUUCAGGGCAUCACUGUGUCAGAUGUCCUUUUGUUUUUUUGUUUUUAUCUUUUAGUCCUUUAUCACAGGACCUGGUCAGAGUGUGCUGCAGCUAUAGACGAACACUACCAUGACGGCCAGAGCUUGUAUGAGGAAGGAGUUCGGUGCCAUUUUCCUUUUUAUGGCUGUUGCUGUCUUCAUCCUUGUGCUUCAUAACAUGGAUGUCUUGGAGUUUAAUCCUAAAAUGAACUUCACCAUCAUCUACCCGAGAGUUUCCACUGCCCCUCACAUGCAGCACAACUUCUGCACCUUCCAGCCGCUGUUCCCUGAAGAUGCUUUGGAGGAACGCCUCCUACUGGACUCCAUUGCUUGGCCUGACACUCCAUUUUUGCAGGCCUCUUUUUCUGUGGAGGAGACCAGCGAUCCAGCUCACAGCAACUUCACCAUUCUCCCAGGGAGCGGAGGACGACAGUGGCACGUAGGGGAUCAGCUGGAGGUUAUGAUCAAAAUGUCUGACUUCCAGGGCCAUCCCAGGAAGUCUGGUGGGGACUUCUUACUCACCCGGCUGCACAACCCGAAGCUUGGUGCAGGUGUGGUCGGACAGGUGGUGGAUCAUCUUAACGGUAGCUACUCUGCUGUCUUCUCUUUGCUCUGGGAAGGAGACGCACAGGUUGAGGUGACGCUGGUUCACCCCAGAGAAGCUAUUCCGGUGCUGAACAGGCUGAACACUGAACAACCUGACAGACUUUACUUCCACAGCGUCUUCCGCUCAGGCUCAGUCUCUCAAACCACCAUCUGUAACGUCUGUCUUCGUCCAACUCAGCCGCUGUGCAACUUCACCGACAUCCACACAGGCGAGCCGUGGUUCUGCUACAAGCCAAAGAGCCUGAGCUGUGACGCCAGGGUUAACCACGCCAUGGGAGUCAACAAACAAAGCUUCAAGACCAACGAGGACAAGCUCUUUCGAAAAGGCAUCAACCUGAAAGUCUUCAUUCCAGCUUCAGGACCUGCAAGUAUCACCGUGAUGCCAAGAAAAGAAGGUCAACCAGAGGUGAAGAGCAGCAGUGUGACAUCCAGACCCUCUGGAUAUUACUACCAAGGUGUGUGGCGAGCGCUGGAUGGCACCACAGUUCGCCAAUUCAAUACCUCGACCAUCACUCAGUGUCUGAAAAGCAAGGCGGUCCACAUGUACGGAGACUCCACUGUCAGGCAGUUUUAUGAAUACCUCAAGGAAGCACUACCAGGUCUUAAGGAGUUUGACCUGCACAGCCCGAAGAAAGCUGGACCUUACAUGUCCCUGGACUACGCUAACCAAAUCUUGGUGGUGUACCGCUUCCACGGCCCUCCUAUCCGCAUUGUCCCCGUCUCAACCAGCGAGCUCCGAUACAUCGCCAACGAACUAGAUGGCAUAAAGGGAGGCAGCAACACUGUGGUGCUCUUUGGCAUCUGGGCUCACUUCGGCACUUUCCCCAUGGAGAUCUACAUCCGGAGGCUGCAGAACAUCCGCAGGGCGGUGGUGCGGCUGCUGGACAGGGCUCCAGGCACGCUGGUCAUCAUACGGACAGGAAACCCCAAAAUUUUGACACUUUCUGUGUCGCUAACCAACAGCGACUGGCACUCGCUGCAGUGUAACAAGGUGCUGAGAGCCGUGUUCAAAGGCGUCAAUGUGAAACUGAUCGACGCCUGGGAGAUGGUCCUGGCCCACCAACUGCCGCACAACCUCCACCCUCCGCCCCCCAUUAUCAAGAACAUGGUUAAUGUUAUACUGUCCUACAUAUGUCCUCGCAAGGACAGAUAA